AGCAGUGGGAUAUCCUGGACUGGGAACUGGGCAGGGCACACUGGGAGCCAUGUGCCCCUUACUGGGAGCAUCCCUGUGGGCUCUCAGCACUGGGACUGGCUGCCCCAGACUGGGCACCACUCAUGGUGCAUCUGAAUGGGUCUGGGUGCCCAGUAUGGCACAGCUGGAUGGAACUGGGUGCCCAGUAUGUCAUGGUCUGAUAGGACUGGGGAGGGACUGGGCAUCCAGUUUGGCACAGUUGGCCAAGUCACCAUUGCCACUGGCUCAGCGGCCACCAGUCCCCCCAGGACAGCAGCCAGGCACAGCCAGCGGAGCCACAGCUGUAUGGGAGCCAGGGUGACCCAAGGGUGUCAGGAGGUUCCCAGGGGUGUCAUGUGCCAGGACUGGGGUGUCCUCAGGAAUGUUGCAUCCCAUCCAGGAUGAUGCUGUCCCCAAGGGUGUCCCAUCCCAGCACUAGGGCCGUCGUCAGCAAUGUGCCAUCCCAGGGCAAAUAUAUCCCAAGGGUGUCACAUCCCGGGACAGGGUUUUCCCAGGAGUGUCACAUCCCAUACUGGGAUGUCACCAGGCACAUCCAUCCUGCUGGCACUGGGCUCUCAGGAUGGGGACCCUGGAGAUGGUGACGCAGCACAGGGCAACGCCACUCACAGGAUGGAUCUGUCUCUCUGAUCUAAUUUUAUCUGCUUUAAUUGUUCCAGGAGCAGGAAUGCCAGGACUAUCCCCGUGUGGAAGCACUGGGACCAUCCCUGUGCCAGCCACUGACAGGAUUUUGUCUCUGCCAGGAUCAGGGUCAGAGCUGGAGGAAAAUGGGAAGAGUGGCAGCAAGAAACUGGACACCAUGACCCUGAUUAAGGAAGACAUGGACAUCUUCGGGCACUGCCCUGCGCACGACGAGUUCUACCUGGUGGUCUGCAACCACUGCAGCCAGGUGGUGAAGCCCCAGGCCUUCCAGAAGCACUGUGAACGCCGGCACGGCCCGCUCAGCAAGCUCUACGCCCGUGGCCCCGCGUGCCACGUGGCUGUGAACGGGCAGCCGGUGAACGGGCAGCCGGUGCCCGGCCGGACGCCCGGAGCGGCCAAAGCCCUGCAGGAGAAGCAUCCCGGUGGCCGCGGGCGAGCGCAGCCCCUCCCCGAGCACACGGACAAGGACAGCAACCUCUGCUUGUUCGUGCCCGUGGUGAACCUGGAGAAGAUUCCCAGCAUCCCCAAACCGGACGGGCACGGGAUCAAGGUGCCCCCCAAAGCCGUCCCCACCGACGCCAAGGAAUCCCUGGGGAAAGCCGCGGCUGCCGCGGUGCCCAAGGAGCCCCCGGUGCCGGCCGUGCCGGAGAGCAUCCCCGCUCCGGGGGACAAGGAUGUGGGGGCCCCCAAAGCGCCCCCCAGGCCCCACAGGAAGCUGGCGCGUAAGGAGUGUGACCUGAACCGGCAGUGUGGGGUGCGGAACCCCGACACCAACAAGCUCUGCACCCGCCUGCUGACCUGCAAGAUCCACUCAGUUCACCAGCGCCGGGAGGUGCAGGGUCGGGCCAAGGAUUUCGAUGUGCUGGUGGCCGAGCUCAAGGCCAGCACCCGCCGAGGGGACCCCCCAAAGGACAGGAGCCCCCCUGAGAAGGACCCACUGCACCCUGCCCUGCAGGACACCCCCUCACUGCUGCAGCCCCCCAGUACCCCCCUCUGCCGAGCCAGGCUGUCCCACUGCUUGCACCCCCCCAGGGCACGACUUUCCUCUGACAGUGACCCCGAGGAUGCUCCGGCCACCUCUGGGGACGGGAGCAUGGGAAGCUUCCCCCUCCCCCUGCCCAAGGGGGGCAGCCGCGUGUCCACUGAGCAGGGACAAGAUGAGGAUGCAGGACUUGGGGAGGGGGGGCAGACUCAGUUCAUCCCCUCACCUGAAUUGGGGUGGAACAAGGCAGGGGUGUGA